GCAACCAGCGAUGCACUGACCCGUCGUCAAGUUACACAGGCGACCACUUCUGUUGUUCCUACAAUUGUUUGGACAAGUUCUGUUGCAGCAUGUCCCCCAAGAGUGAGUAGCUGAAGACGAUAUGCAGAGAAGCGUAUUGAAUUCAAAUGAGACUCCAAGAGCAUUUUGAGGUGUUCUUUCUACUACUCGCAUCAUCUGAAUGCAGACAGCAACACUGUGGUAAAAACAAGUGGGGACCUGACUGCAGCAAAUCAUGUCCUGAGAAUUGCUUAGACCUCAAAGGUGUUGUCCACUGUCACAUAAGCACGAGUGAAUGCCUGGAAGGUUGUAUAGCUGGCUGGUACGGAGAUCUGUGCAACAGCAACUGCAAUGUGAACUGUAUAAGUAGAACAUGUGACCAGGAAAAUGGCAACUGCUCCUUAGGUUGUGAAGUUGGUUAUGUUUGCAACAUAACACCUGACAAAGGAGAAGCCCAGUGUGAAGUCGAAAACUAUUUCAUUUGCACUGGUAAAACUCUGAACUGUCUAAAUCACAACUGCACCAGAACGCAAUCUGGAAAAACCAUAUGUGCUUCAGGUUGUGUUGAGGGAUUUUGGGGUACGAGUUGUAGAAUUCCAUGUCCAGAAAACUGCCAAACAUGUGAACGCCUCGUGGAAAAAUGCACGACCUGCAAGAAAAAUCAAUAUGGAUUAUUCUGUAAUCUCACAUGCCAAGAACAGUGCCAUGGAUUCCACUGCAACCAGACGGGAACAUGUUCUGAUACAGUAUGUACUGAUGGACGAUACGGAGAUGACUGCAACAGUCUGUGUAACCAAAGGUAUAAGACUUGCCACAGAAGAACUGGACAUUGUAUCAAGUGUAAGGAAACUUACUAUGGAGAAUUCUGCGAACUAAAGUGUCCACAUUGUGAUUUUAAAACAAACGGCAAGUCUGGUUGUGAACACGGCUGUAACAAAGUUCCAUGCCCAGGAUUACCCAAGCCCGAAGGGAUAUUUGUACAAGAUGUAAUGAUGUAUGCGUUCAUAGCGACAGUUCUACUGAUGCUUACUGGAAUUGUUGUGAUACUGUUCCGGUUGGAGCGCACGAAACGGGUCGCACAAAAGGCGAAUGUGAAGUAUACAUCAGUUAGGAAACUACAACAGUACUAG